AUGAGGGCCAUUUCGAGAUUGUUUAGUCGAUCAUACAAGACCUCGCCGGGAAAAUUGAGCUCUUGGUGUGGUAAUCAUGAUCUGUUUGAGUACACUUCUGGGCGUUUUCUAUUCAAUGAAAAGCUCCGGCGCGCUGAGCGCCAUCUUAGAUUCGAUGUGGAUGCACUUGCUAGAGCAAUAUGUCAUUCUGUCAGCCGACAUCUCAAUGACGUGGUUUCAAUCACCAAACUCGCUGAAGGGGGUUUCAACCGUGUUCUGCAAAUCACCUUCGAUGAUGGCUAUGCCGUGCUUGCAAGACUACCCUACAAAACAACUGUGCCCAAGCACUACUCUGUGGCUAGCGAGGCAGCCACUCUCGCUUUCCUGCGUUCUCAUGGCGUCCCUGUCCCGGAAGUUCUUGGGUAUUCUCCGGAUCACGCAAACACCGUUGGAGCCGAGUACAUUUUGCUCGAAAAGACCGACGGAACGCCCUUAAGUGAUCAGUGGUUUUCUAUAGAUACGAAGACCCGAGUCAAGAUAAUGAAGCAGAUUGUCGAGGCAGAGAAACAAUUCAUGAGCAUCCGCUUUCCAGCGAAUCAAAUUGUCAUCGGUCCAAAUCAGGAGCGGGCUUUACUAGAGAUUGACCGUGGUCCAUUUUUGACUCGAACAGGGAAUACCUUUACUGCAUGCUUCGACGCACCUGCCAGGCGAGAAACGGACUUCUGUGAACGAUUCGGCAAACCCCGUCUUCACAAGCGAUCUCCCGCUCGACACCAGCUUCUCCUUUCCGACUAUCUGAAGCUAGUGCCCUAUCUCGAAGUCCCACCAGACCACCCUCUAUCUCGGCCAACUCUCCGCCAUCCGGACUUUUCUCCUAAUAACAUCUUAUGGGCAUCAUUUGACUGGCAGCAUGCGGUAGUCCUACCACUCUGCCUAUGUGCCGGCAUACCGAACCAUUUUCAGAAUUGGGGCGAUCCAUUAUCAGAAACUUUGGCUAAACCAGAGGUCAAACUACCGGAAAAUUUCGACCAGCUAAGCCAGGAAGAGCAAGCAAUGGUCCAGGAGACGAUGCGGAUACGGAUUGUCCAUUUCUACUAUGCGGCAUUGACUAUGACGCGCAUGCCAGAUCAUUUUGAUGCUUUCCGAGACGAAAACUCCAUGCUUCGAGCCAAGCUAUUCCAUUGUGCCGGGGCCCCUUGGGAAGGCGACUCCCUCUCAUUGAAGCACGCUCUUAUACAGGCAUAUCGGAAUUGGCCGAUGUAUCUUGAUGGAGAAUCGAAACAUGCACAGUCUGCCGAGUUUCCGGUCCAUUAUUCCGAGGAAGAGAUUGAGCAGUGCCUAAAUGAGUACAAGCAGGAGCAGGAGAAGUUGCAAGAAUUGGUGGAGAUGAGGGAUCUCAUAGACACGGACGCUCUUGGUUGGGUUCCAAAUGAGGACGAGCUUGAAAAGUCCAUGGCGGUCAUCCAGGCCAUCAAGGAAGGCUUGAUGGCAAAUUCAAGCACCGAAAUUGAGAAGACGGCGCUCCUGGAUCACUUCCCUUUCGACGAUCAUGAUGAACAUGCAUGA